GUGUGUGUCGCUGCAUUAAGCUGCUCAGAGAUCCGUGGAUGCUGACAGAAGCGCAGCUGCUGAUGAGAAGAGGGAGACAGAAAAGACAAGAUUUUCACACUCGAGAAGGGAGACAGAGGGGGAGAGCAGGUGCACUUUCCCGGUUCAUCAUCGCAGUGAUCGGGAUGGGAGGACAGCGGCUUUCCUGCUGCUACAGAUAGACGGUCACAGAAAAACGAGAACAAUGUUUCCUGAAAGGAAGCAACAGCAGAAACCUUCUGAGUUCAUCACACUCUGCAAGGGUACUGCGACUCAUCAAGAUACAUGAUUGCAGGAGCCAAGCAACUCAACCUAUAAUUGGACACUUGAGGAGAUUUGACCCUCUGAGAAAAAAACGCAUUUCCAUCCAUGGAUUGAGUGUUUUGUAUGUGCUGUGUAUCCAAGUGGUAUGACAUCUCUUUUGAUCAGAACUCUACACUUACUUCAACCCUGAAGAGAUGGGCAGUAAGAUGUCUUUUCAUUAAAAUAUAAUGAUACACGAUUGCCAUCAAAGAAUCCUGCAAAUCCGAGAGUACUUUGAGAACUGCAUUUGCAGAUCGAUGAUGUGAAGGUUAUAAUGCAGUUGCUGCAUACCCUAUUUUUUCUGUGAUUGAAUUGAAGGUGGUCUGGACUUACUAAGAAUUUAAAACUCAAGGACUUGUGGAUAGUGAGAAGACGGAAAAAUGGACGUUUUCUUUCUUGGAUAACUGGAGUUAGCUAGUAUCAUUAAAACUUAAAGCAUCAAAUACCACUAAAAUUGAUCAUGGAUUUCAAUGGGAGCCAGGACUAUGGGUCCUAUCCAACAGGCCUGCCCUUUAACACAAGCAUGGACUAUGAGGACUACUACCAGGAGCCUGAUGCCAGUAAAAUCAUCAUUCCAUCCAUCUAUGCUCUUGUCUGCUGCGUAGGUCUUACUGGCAAUGCCAUGGUCAUCUACGUCAUUCUGAAAUAUGCCAAAAUGAAAACAGCUACUAACAUUUAUAUCCUCAACUUGGCGAUUGCUGACGAGUUGUUCAUGUUAAGUGUUCCUUUUCUGGCCACAUCGGCUGCCGUCCGCCAUUGGCCCUUCGGGUCACUGAUGUGUAGGUUGGUCCUGAGUGUAGAUGGAAUCAAUAUGUUUACAUCAAUCUUCUGUCUGACUGUGUUGAGUGUGGACCGUUACAUAGCAGUGGUCCAUCCUAUAAAGGCUGCCCGCUACCGCAGACCCACUGUGGCCAAAGUAGUGAAUGUGUGCGUAUGGGGGCUGUCGCUUAUAGUCAUCCUACCCAUCAUUAUCUUCGCAGACACUGUCCCCGCACAGGACGGUGGUGUGGACUGUAACUUCUUGUGGCCUGAAUCGGCAUGGUCAGAAGCAUUUGUGGUCUAUACCUUCCUGUUGGGGUUUCUACUGCCUGUCGGGGCCAUUUGCUUGUGCUACUGUUUAAUGGUGGCCAGGAUGCGAGCGGUUGGGCUCAAAGCCGGCUGGCUUCAACGGCGGCGCUCGGAGAAGAAGAUCACCCGGAUGGUGCUGCUGGUCGUGGCGGUGUUCGUUCUCUGCUGGAUGCCCUUCUACAUCGUCCAAUUGGUCAGCGUUUUCCACCGGCCCCCAGACCCUAUGGUAACUCAGCUGUUUGUCAUCCUCAGCUACGCUAAUAGUGGCGCCAAUCCUAUCCUGUACGGCUUUGUUUCCGAUAAUUUCCGGCGUUCAUUCCAACGCAUAGUUUGUUUCCGGUGGCUGGAGUCUGGGCUGGAUGCGGAACAAGUGGAUUACUGUGCUGUGGCUUUGAAGAGACAAACAGCAUGUAACCCUCUGGAUUUUCCUAAGGACUGUAUGGCUUCCGAUAUGGUGUUUCGCAAUGGGACAUAUACCUCCCGUACAACCACAGUCUAACCAGAACAAGAGCUAAAACAAGUAGCUUUCACCUAAGGGAGUUUUACACUUGGGUUCUUACAGGGAUGGAUAAUGAAUUAAGAUUAAUAUAUCAUCUAAAUUACAUAUGAUUGUAUACAUAAUCACUGUAAAAACCGGCUGGAGUAUGCAACUCUGCAGUUCCAUCAUUGACUAAAGGAUCAGCAGUUGACUCAGCUGGCUGAUGCGUUAAGAGAAAAACUGACAUGGGAAAAUAUGUAUACAACUGUUAAGAUCUCACUUAUUUUCUGUUUCCAAGUGAGCCAGAAUGUAAAGCACAGGUGAAUGUAAGCACAAAAUGAUAUGCUUAUUAACGUUUUGAUAUUGUUACAUAACUCGUACAGCGUAGCUUCUGGUUGAAUCCAAGCAUUGUCAAGAGGGACUGCAAUCCUUGUAAGAGUUGGAGUGUGACGCAGCUGCUAUGUGUGUAGACAAAGUUUACAAAUUGCCUCAUAUUAGCAUUGGGAUAAAACCCCAAAAUAUUGCCACAUUGGCGCUUUUGCUUUUAGCUUGGACAUCAAAUCGUGAGUUACCAUUUUGUCAACUCAGUAUCGUCAUGUUUAGGGUGAACUCUGCUGCUGCUGUAUGGGGCAUAUAGUUUUAAUUUGUACAGUUUCGUCAGUUGUCCUACUAAGAUACAUACAAUUAUUUUAUUACUUGACAAUAGGGGCAGUGGGUAAAUACUGUGAUUGGUCAACGUCCAAAUGUGUUAACAUCAGCUACCACAGCGAGCCUACCCUAUACAUACGUUUGAAAUGUUGUAAACAAAUUCUCAAUGUGAAAAAACAGGUUAAUUUUUCAUACUGAAAUUAUACUAUUUACACAGAAAACUCGACACUGCUGAUCAAAUCUUUCAAAUGUAAAGCCUGCAACAUUAAUUCCAACAUUCCAUUCCUAUCAUACAUUUUUCCAUUGGUUUAUCAAAUUACAGAAACACUUUUCAUCGCAGUUUAACGUAGGUUGACGUUACAUACAUUUUUAAAACAGUAGGUUUUCCUCCAUUUUUAACAACUUUGGAUACCUUCAAAUUGGGGUUUGUUUUUUGCCUUACGCAUACAAUUUGUACCAUUUUCAAACAUCAAUAUAUCUGGAUUCUAUAACUUUCAAUAUUUCCUUUGAUAGGCAGGGAUUUGGGUUAUAACUGUCAUAGCUGUUUUUGGAAGUACAGUGUUGCAAUAGAAAUGUAGUGGUUUACAAGUUCAACAUCGGUUAUCAUAAGCUUGCUUGGUGAAUUUAAUAUAUGCUAACCAAAGAUUGUGUAUUCAGCUAUAGUUAAAUGUUUCAAUUUAUUUUUACAGUAUCAUAAAGCUGUUUAAAAUAAAUGUAUAUCAUCUGAAAUGAACAUGAUCUUUAUUAUCAGUUUACUAUAGGAAAGCUUUCAUAAUACAUUUACUACAAAAUAAACCUAAUGGAUCAAACAUAAGCUGUGAGGAAAUGUGGGUGCUGUUGGGCAUUAUAUAAAAUCAGGAGUUAUGUGUUCAUCUAAAUAUCUUAUCUAUUUGCCUUUAUAAAAGCACUUUCCAAGGAAUGGAGACGCUAUGAGACGCAUAAUGUUUAACUUUCACCACAUGUUGUUUAAGUCUCUCUUUCAAACUUCUAAAUGUAAUUGAUCUUGUUUAUCUUAUAUGUAGUUGUUCUACGGAUUUUUCACAACACAAAUUUAAAUUCAAAAUUGUUGAUGGAUUGAUAUAUUUUGUGAAAAAAACCAACUGUUACCAAGUUUUAUUUCACAGUGUGCUAAUGUGCUAGUUGUACUUUUCCGUAACACAUUAAACUGUGACAUGCUGUGUAGGGCUGGUGUUAGCCCUAAAGAUCACCCAGACAGAAGAAAUGUUUCCCCAGAGCUUUCAAAUGAUGUUUCAUUCUUUUUGUGUAUGUUUCUGUAUUUGCUGUAUCUGUAUGUAAUGUAAAUUAUUUGUCCGUGGAUGUGUUUGAAUUUGAAGUUUGUCUUUGCAAACUGAGCCGGAGCUGUUCUGCUGUAGUGACACAAAAUGACAGAAAUGGCGGGGGGGAAAAAAAAUAUGUAUGUGUUCAGUUCAGAAGAGUAUUUUCAACAGUGACUUCACUAUGUCAUUUUGUGUUUUGCAAAUUAGUUUCUCAAAAAACAUUUUAUUUCACAAUAAAAUCUAAAUUUAACUUCUAACAUGA